UCCGCAGCAGCAGCUCCCUCCGUCUCCUGCGGCUCCCCUCCUGCGCAGCCAACGCCGCCGCCACCAUCACCGCUGUCGCCUCUUCCUCGCCGCGCUGGAGGAGUUGCGAGGCAGCCCCAGCGGCGCGGGGCUUUGCGCUAAGCGGGGAGGGAAGAGAGGCUGCAAUGCAUAAGCCGCCGCCUCCUUCCCCUUCGCCGCCUCCCCUCCUCGCCGCUUCUCCCGUGCAUCCUCCUUCUCCGCCAGCCUGAAAGAAGAAGAAGAAGAGAAGAAGAAAGCUGCCGGGGUGGGGGGGGGCGGGAGGAAGGCAGGAGAAGCCGCGUCUCGCCCGCCCGCCCAAGGACGCGCGUGUCCCCCACCCCCUGCCGCCAGCCUGUGGAGAAAGGUGAUUUGGUUCCACAGAAACCCUCUGCUUAAAUGUAAUGAUUUGGAGUCCUGUGGUUACAUUGCAAGAUAAUUAAAUAUAGAUUCUGGAAACGAAGAUAGGCAACCUCCGAGAUUCCCUCUGAGAAAAGGCGGAAGCCGCCUUUGGUCGAGAUGUCACGGCACCACAGCCGGUUUGAAAGAGAUUAUCGCACUGGAUGGGACCGUCGAGAAUGGAGUGCCAAUGGGAACCAUGUGAAUAGCAGUAACUGUAACAGCACGGUCAACAGCAAUAGCAACAAUAGACCAGGGCUUCUGCCUGUGCCAAUCGUGCCCUCACGGCUACAUGCUCCAGCCACAGUUGCUUGUACCACAGUCAACAGUGAUGUGAUUACUACCCUUGUGGCCAACUCUUCGGCAGCUUCAACAACCAAAACACCUUGCAUUUCCAAGACGGAGAAUCAGCCUCAAGGAUUAGCAACCAGUAUAAGGUGGGGACAGACACCCAUCAAUCAGUCUACACCCUGGGACACAGAUGAACCGCCAUCUAAACAGAUGAGGGAGACGGAAAACCCAGGUACAGCACCAUGGGUUACAACAGUUGCAGCGGGUAGCCAGCCAACUCUUAUUACUCAUUCAUAUGGGAUGACUCAGCCUCCGACCUUCAGCCCAGCAGCGAACGUCCAAGCCCCUGUCAUUGGAGUUACACCCUCACUCCCUCCACACGUCACCCCUCAGCUUCCAUUAAUGCCAGCUCAUUACCAGCUUCAGCAGCAGCCUUCACAGCCUCUGAGUAACAUGGUUGUGAAUAUGCAAAGCCAGCCUUUGUACACUAACAGCCAGUCCAUUACCAUGUCUUCUAUGACUGGUGUGGGUCAGGUGACUCACCCGGGCCACAGUGCAGUAGGGAAUGGUCAUAUGACUUGUCCUAUUCUGCCUCCACCGCCACCUGCUUUGCCUUCGGCUGCCCUACCUAAUAGCGUUCCAGCUACCAAUGGGCAGGCUGCUUCUCAGCUUCCUGCCAACCAGACGGGCAGCCAGGACAACACAAAUGGGGUACAGAUGCUACGGACUGUUGGUGUGGGGAAGUACGAGUUCACAGACCCUUGGCACCCGAAAGAAAUGUUGAAGGAGUUGAACCAGCAACGCAGAGCGAAAGAGUUUACAGACCUGAAAAUUAUUGUUGAAGGCAAAGAGUUUGAAGUCCACCAAAAUGUUCUAGCUUCCUGCAGCUUAUAUUUCAAGGACCUGAUUAAAAGGUCACCCCGGGACAGUAGCAGAAGUGGAGAGAAGCUGGAGUUGGAAUUAUCAAAUCUCACAGCGGACGUCCUGGAACUACUGCUGGAAUUUGUUUAUACAGGUUCCUUAGUGAUAGAUUCCGCCAACGCCAAAACCCUUCUGGAGGCUGCCAGCAAGUUCCAGUUUCAUACCUUCUGCAAAGUCUGCGUAUCAUUUUUAGAAAAACAGUUAACUGCUAGCAACUGCUUAGGAAUAUUAGCCAUGGCUGAAGCCAUGCAGUGCAGUGAGCUAUACAACAUGGCCAAGGCCUAUGCCCUGCAGAUCUUUCCUGAGGUGGCCACUCAGGAAGAGAUCCUCAACAUCUCAAAGGACGACUUCAUUUCUUACAUGUCCAACGACAGUCUGAACACGAAAACGGAAGAGCUGGUUUACGAAACGGUGAUCAAGUGGAUCAAAAAAGAUGCUGCCCUCAGAGCUCAGUAUGCGGCUGAGUUGCUGGCAGUGGUCCGCCUACCUUUCAUUCAUCCCAGUUAUCUGCUAAAUGUUGUUGACAACGAGGAGUUGAUAAAGUCUUCAGAGGCUUGCCGGGAUCUAGUGAACGAAGCAAAGCGUUAUCACAUGUUGCCGCACGCCCGACAAGAGAUGCAGACUCCGAGAACCCGGCCCAGGCUAUCAGCAGGUGUGGCUGAAGUAAUUGUCCUGGUUGGAGGCCGACAGAUGAUUGGCAUGAAUCAACGAGCCUUAACAGCAGUAACAUGCUUCAAUCCUCAAAACAACAAAUGGUACCCCCUGGCCAGCCUGCCCUUUUAUGAUCGGGAGUUUUUUAGCGUGGUGAGUGCUGGAGACAACGUCUAUCUCUCAGGCGGCAUGGAGGCUGGAGUCACCCUGUCUGACGUCUGGUGUUACAUGUCUCUACUUGAUAACUGGAACCUCGUUUCCCGAAUGACAGUCCCACGGUGUCGGCACAACAGCCUGGUGUAUGAUGGGAAAAUUUAUACCAUUGGAGGCCUUGGUGUAGCAGGAAAUGUCGAUCACGUGGAGAGAUACGACACAAUCACCAAUCAAUGGGAGACAGUUGCUCCUUUGCCGAAGGCCGUGCAUUCGGCUGCUGCCACCGUUUGUGGCGGAAAGAUCUAUGUGUUUGGGGGCGUAAAUGAGGCUGGCCGUGCUGCUGGAGUCCUACAGUCGUACAUCCCUCAGACUAACGCAUGGAGUUUUAUAGAGUCACCCAUGAUAGAUAACAAAUAUGCUCCUGCAGUCACUCUCAAUGGUUUCAUCUUUAUUCUCGGAGGAGCCUACGCACGAGCGACCACCAUCUAUGACCCAGAAAAAGGCAAUAUUAAAGCAGGCCCCAACAUGAACCACUCCAGGCAGUUCUGCAGUGCGGUCGUACUUGAUGGAAAAAUUCACGCCACUGGUGGAAUUGUCAGUAGUGAAGGACCUGCUCUAGGAAACAUGGAAGCCUAUGACCCCAAGACAAACACGUGGACGCUUCUUCCCAACAUGCCAUGUCCUGUGUUCCGACACGGCUGUGUAGUAAUUAAAAAAUACAUUCAGAGCGGCUGAUGCCAGCGAGGACUUGGAUGUCAAACCGACUGCUACCUGCGCCCAAAGCAGGCCCAGGAGAGAAACUGUCACAGCGGAGAAAAGUCGAGGAAAUCCAGUUGAUGAAUAUAUUGCUCUAAAAUGACACAGUCUCUACAUUGAAUGUAGAAAAACAUCCUCACCUUUCGGUGAAUGAGGAGCAGAGAGCUCUGUGCUGUGUCUGUGCUUGCGUAACUUUACACAAGCAGGCCACUAGAUGUCAUAGUGGCACUUGUUACUGACAUAGGGUUUGUUUUUUAAAUCUACCCAGGUGCAAUAGCAUUUCUCGUACAUUCAUCAACUAGUGGGGGGGGCGGGGCGGGGGAAGAGAUCCUGCAUUAUCUUCCUAGAGACAAAAGUUUGAUUAUUGAAAUAACUGCAGCAAAUAGGCUUUGGUAUUACAUAUUAAGCAUCAGGGGGGGCUCUAAGGAAGGAAGGUCAAAGUGCCCUUACCACUUUGAUUGCUACUUUGUUUUUAAACCAACACAUGCUUUUCGAUACCAAUGACCGAAAGAGAGCAUUUACACGACAGACUGCGUAGAUCGAGGCCAGUCUUCCAUCUGAGCAAACGUUCUUUUUCACAGCUCUUUAGAGCUGAGCUAAUAAAGGAAAGAGGUGUGUCCGUCUGUCUACUAGCAUUCCACGUCCUUUUAACAAGAAAGGGGUUUUUUUUUUCCUGACGUCGUAUGCCAAUGUGAAUGUGUGGUCACAGGGAGGGCUGCUUUCUGCCUUUCUACUGUUUUUCUACUGUAUGAACAAAGUGACAGCUAAGUUUCUGUAAAGCAAGAGGCACCUAGGAGCUUUUAUUAAACUUUUAUUUAUCUAAUCAAAGUUUAGAAUGAAAAUUCUGUGUUGGGUUUCCAUAUUUUUGGGCCAGUUAUUUGAGGCGAUGGCUUGUGUCGGGAUGGAGUUCACUGCUGAGUGACAGUCCGCUAGCCAGGAUAUAUACUACGGUCUAUAUUUUUGACAAAUGAAUCUAUAAGAUCUCAUCUAUUUUUUCACUCUUACUCUCUCUGCCCCCUCCCUCUCCCAAGAAUAUGCGAAAGUCCUAAGGAAACCCUUGUUCUUUAAGAGGCCUCAAUGGCUGUUUUUCAAAGAAUAAGUGCUUUUGCAGCUUCUCACUACACAAGUUUUAUUGAAAAUGCAUCAGGUUAGAGCAGACAUUAGAGAGAGGGUAGGGGGGGAGAAAGGUUAUUAUGUAGAGUUGUAAGUAUAUACACAGCAGGGCUAUAUUUUUAUAUGUAUAUUAAAAUAUUGUAUAUUCAGAGAAGCAUUGUGAUGUGGACAUUUCUUUAUAAAAUUGUAAAUGGAAGAGAUCAGAUGUGAGAAGGCUGGUAAAACAGGGUUGCAAUGGUAACAGCAAAAGCGUCUUAUGAUUCCCACCCCCAACCCCCCAAGCCAAGGAACUAUUGUCCUGAUUUUCUUUGCAGCAGCCAGGAAGAAAAACAGACGCAGACACACGUGCCCUUGAUCUUUCACCAAACUUCAUCACGGCCAUUAGAAAAAGAGCUAUUUAUCUGAGGUACAAUAUGUCCACUACUGUAGUCAGAGGGAAAUCCUGCCUCCAUGGAAAGUGUUUGUCAUUAUAAUAAAGGAUGUUAGGAUUUCACUCAUGAGGGGAUGUGAUCUGUUAAGUCACUCAUAAUAACUUAGUGGGAGUAGCUGAUGUGCCUCCACAGGGAUUCUGUUGAGAACAGUGUUCCUUCGGUAACAUUUAGGAUGCUCACUGCACAGUGUGGCAUUGGCAUGCUGUGAGAUUUCCUCCACCAUGUCUUUGGCUGAUGCUUGUGGGAGCAAGGCAAAUCACAACGUGGUGACUGUGUCUUAUAGUGCGUGCUCCUACAUGCUACAGGGGCCGGAGAGAGGCUCUCCAGAGAGAUGCUAUUUUUGGUAGUAUCUCUACAGCAGGUGUGUGACAUCUGCUGUUAAGCACAUUAACUUGAAAGCAAGACCCAUCAAUUCAAAACGGGUCUCUCUCUCUUCACAGCAAGAAUCACAGCCUUAUUCUGACUUUAAUUAGCCAGAGAACAGCAGCCGAUGGCUAGUUGAUUUUGAUACCAAAUAAGUUUUUUUUUAAUUGGUAAGUUUUGGAUAAGCAUAUGACAGAUGGCUGGCCAAUCACCCUAUAGUUAUUUUGUUAAGGGGAAAUUUAUAUAAAGCAGAUUAUUAGCAUGAAAUUUGUAUCCUGCCAUAGUUCAAAAGAAAUAUUCAGUUAGGCAAAAACACACGGACAAUAACAUUUCAGACUUAUCUUGAUUCUUUGAAAGGGGGAAAAAAAGAGUUGUGAAGUAUUUAUC